GAUAAAUAAAAGGGCACAAUGGAAAGUGAGAAAAACAAAAAAAUAAUCAUCGUCUGAGAUUCUGGGUAUGGCCACAGCUCUGCCAUCAACGGCAUGGCACUCAAUAAAGCUUCAAUCGCAGGCUCCGCUUCCUCAGAGACGGCGUCCCUUAUUAGUCCAAUCCUUUAGGCGAAGCGACUUCGACACCUUCGCUCGGCGGAUGGCCUCGGGUGAGGCCUGGAAGGAAGCCUGGCGAACCGCCAACGACGGCUUCGAGCUAUUCGUCUUCGAAACUAAAAAGACUGCUGAACGUUUAGACCGUCAGUACUCCAUUUCCCGCCGGCUCUUCUCCGUCGCCCGAUCAGCAACUGACCGUGCUCGUGAGAUCGAUCGGGAGUUCGAGAUUGGACCCCGUUGGAGGACUUUUUCUAUGGAUUUUAGUAGAAAUUGGCCUAGGUACAGGAAGCAGCUGAAUGAUUUCUUGGAUACUCCAUUGGGAAGAAGUUUUGCUACAGUUUUCUUCCUUUGGUUUGCAUUAUCUGGUUGGCUGUUUCGAUUCUUAAUAUUUGCCACAUGGAUACUGCCAUUUGCUGGACCUCUUCUCAUUGGAACUGUUGCCAAUAAUCUUGUUAUUAAGGUGCAGAAUGGUGACAAUGGAUGUUCACAACUUCGAACGUCUCUUUUCCUUCUUGUUGCUACCAUCCUUAUGACUUGAGUUUGUAGGAAGAUCUUCCUUCUAAUAACAUUAUUAGCUUGGUUUAACUAUGAGGAGUAAUAUGAAAAUGAAAUGUAAAUAGUAGAAUUAGCCAUUCUUUUGUGCUUGAUGUCAAUUGUUAAGACCUAUUAAUUAGGUUUUGUUUAUAGAACUCCAUUUCCUGUCCUCUUCCUUUUAUAUUUUUUGGUUUCUUUUUCCGUGGAUUGGAUUAAUAAGUUCUUGGAAAUGUGGAGCUUUUAGGGCAUAAGAUUGUGUUAGUUUAGUAGAAGAUAAUAAAAAAUAUGGUUGCAGAAGCAAACUAGGGUAUUUAUUCUAGACUUCAUCCCAAAUAUUUUUUAAAAUUUUUGGGUGUGCUUGUGGCUUGGUUUAUGGCAAUGUGCUUUGUAGUGUUUUAUGUUCUGAAAUCCAUGUGUUACCUUCUAUCAACUUUUAUUUUAGUGGGUAAACAUUAUUUAAAAUGGCUUACUGGCC